GAAGCCCAUCCCCUAGCGUCGGUCCGGGGAUCGCUCCCUGCAUGCGCAUGGGCGGAGGAAGUGCCGCUGUGCGCUCUUAUUUCUACGGGUAAUUUGUCCUUUUUUUAAGAAAAUGGCGUCUGGUCAGGGAAGUGUAGGAGCUGUCACCGCUUUACAAAACCAUGACUACCCCAGCGGCCCCCUUUGGAGCCCCGGUAUCGGCCAGUACCCCCACCACCAGCAACAGCAGCAGCAGCAGCACAGUGCGCGCAGCCUGGACCGCGCUCUGGAGGACGCAGCCAGCUCGGGGAUCCUGAACCUGAGCGGCAGGAAGCUGAGGGAGUACCCGGGGACCAACUACGACCUCACCGAUACGACACAAGCAGAUCUAUCCAAGAAUCAUCUCACAGAGAUCCCCCCGGAGGUGUGUCUCUUCGCCCCGCUCGAGUCGCUGAACCUUUACCACAACUGCAUCAAAUCCAUCCCUGAAGCCAUUAUCAAUCUGCAGAUGCUGACUUAUCUUGACAUCAGCCGAAAUCUCCUGGCGGUUCUGCCAAAAUACCUGUUUAAUCUCCCCCUCAAAGUCCUGCUUGUAAGCAACAACAAGCUGGUUUCCAUCCCCGAAGAGAUCGGCAAGGCCAAAGAGCUGAUGGAACUGGAUGUGAGCUGCAAUGAGAUCCAGGUCCUGCCAGCUCAAGUGGGGAGGCUUCACGCCUUACGAGAGCUCAACAUCAGGAAGAACUGUCUCCAGAUGCUGCCCGAGGAGCUGGCAGAUCUUCCUCUCAUCCGUCUCGACUUCUCCUGCAAUAAGAUCACAGAGAUUCCUCCAGCUUUCAGGAAACUCAGGCAACUGGAGUACAUCAUCCUGGACAACAAUCCUAUGCAGUCCCCUCCGGCACAGAUUUGCCUGAAGGGCAAAGUUCAUAUAUUCAAGUACUUGAACAUCCAGGCUUGUAGAAUGGACAAGAAACCAGACACCCUGGACCUCCCGACCCUCAGCAAGCGUUGUCUUCCACAGCCCCUCACCGAUAGCAUGGAAGAUUUCUAUCCCAGUAAGAAUCAUGGACCGGACUCUGGAAUUGGUAGUGACAAUGGUGACAAGAGGCUGUCUACAACAGAGCCUUCAGAUGACGACACCGUCAGCCUCCAUUCACAGGUCUCAGAGACCGCCCGCGCCGACGCCCUGUCCCUACUCUCCAAAAUGGACUCCUGCAAAGAACAGGAUCUGUAUGACUUUAUAGAACCCAACCCCGACGAGGAUCCUGCUCUGUCAGAGAGCGAUGGGCAGCAAAACAGCCAUGUGUCUUGUAUUAAGGAACUGGAGAAAGUUCUGAACAUGUCCCAACAAUGUAAAGAUAAAGACAGCUGGAAGGAGGAGUCUGGUUCUGAUAAGGACCAGCUUGCAGAAGAAGAGGAUGAUGAGCUGAAAGAAGUGCUGGAUCUGAGGAAGAUUGCCGUGCAGCUUCUGCAGCAGGAACAGCAGAACCGACGACGGUCCCUAAUUUGCAGAGCGGAGAGUCUAAUCCACCGAAGGCGAAUGACUGGCAGGGCACACAGAUUUCUGAGUCACUCCGGAAGCUGCAGCAGUAAACCAAGGCCACCGCCUCAGGCCGCUCGAAGUGCUUCUCUGGAUGAAGGAAGCAGUGGCGUAUCAGUGCUGAGUGGACAGCCUUCUUCGUCUUACUCUUUUGAUGGAAGCUUAAAAUCAGGACAGUCAGACUGUGAUCCAAACUGGCCCGAGGUUCCUCCUGUGCUCAACCAGAAUGAAGAUCGCAAGCGGAACAAGUACCUGCGGAAGGACUACCUAAAGUACAAAUGUCAGAGCGCUCGUAAAAACUCCAGCGGGAACGAAGACUGCGAGGAGGGCUUACGCAAUGCCGAUUUUAGCACCACGUUGACUGUCUUUGGACUCAAACCAAGAUCAGCCUUCACACGUGGAACCCGUCAAGACUUCAGCUCGACAGAUCCCAGUUUUACCAUGAGGAGGAAGAUGGAGCAUUUAAGAGAGGAAAUGGAGCAAAUUGGUCUUUUACGACAGAACAUUGAGUCUCGACUAAAAGUCCUGCUCCCAGAGGAUGUUGGUGCAGCUUUGAUGGAUGGAGUGGUCCUCUGCCAUUUGGCCAAUCACAUAUGUCCCCGCUCUGUCCCCAGCAUUCACGUGCCGUCACCUGCAGUACCAAAGCUAAGCAUGGCAAAAUGCCGCAGAAAUGUUGAAAACUUCCUAGAGGCCUGCAAGAAGCUUGGAGUGCCGCAGGACAAGUUGUGUCUGCCACAUCACAUCUUGGAGGAGCGAGGUCUGGUAAGGGUGGGAUUGACCGUCCAGGCUCUGCUGGACCUGCCUGCAUCAAAGUCCACACACCUUUCAUCUAUUUGAUACAGGGAGUAAACUAUGCCUACUUCUUGCAGUCUCUUUCCAAGGGCAUAUUUAGACCCACACUGCCAAGGAGACUGAGGACCCCUCUUUUCGGGGGCGAGGAUUCUGUAACUUGUGGCUUUAUGACCGUUUGCUUCCGACUGACUGAAACAGGAGAAAAAAAUAUGAAACUUCUCUUUAAAUGAUGUCAGUCAGCAACCAGUUCCUACCCAUCACAUUAUGCAUAUUGUUGCUUGAUCCUGGGCAGCGCAUUCCACUGGCUUCACUGUUAACCUUGGUGAAAAGACGGAUGUGACAGUUGGGUUUAUGAGACCACAUCUAAGUCUGUCUGCUGGAAUCACGGAAUCUGCAAGUGCCAGUACAGAUUGGACAUCCAUGCUGUUAUUUCAAUGUGCCAAAGAAAUAACAGGCAUAAUUCUCUUUUUCACUUACGGAGUUUGGAUUUUUUAAUUUAUUCUUUUUUUAUUGUUUUUUUUUUUUUUUUUUUUAUUCCACUCCAACCUGGAGUCAUAAAUAUAUAUCAUGAACUUCAUUUAAAGUCCUAUUUUUUCUUAAUGAGCUCAAGCAUAAGCUACUUUAUAAUUUGGUGCUCUUCUGAAGACUACUGAGCAUAACUGCUGGAAUUCCGUUUCGUUUUUUAGCAUCUGUAAAUGAUUGCAAAAGUCACACAAUUCUUUGUACUGAAGUUACAGUAUUUACUGUACAAGACUGUAAUAUUCAUAUACCUUUGAUUUGUUUUUCCAGUUUGUUCUCUAUUAUCUUCCUUGUAUUUUAUUGGGUUUUUAUGUGAUGGAUCAAAGCUAGAACCAAAUUAUUCUAAAUUGGAGAGAAAAUAAUAGUUUUUCACAUA